AGGCCAUUGUUUCGUCCAACUCGGAGGCGUGUCAUGGCGUUGUUGUGUUCCUACUGUGUGUUCUAUAUGGUGUUAUGUAUAUGGAGUACUAUUGGGGAAUCUGCUAAGGUUUCAGGAUUAGGCUAUGCAGUAGAUCAAGAAAUAAGUGAAGACGCAGAACUAAAAGACUUAGGAAGUGACCAAAGGAACCCAUAUGAAAGUGCGAAUGUAUCAAUUGAGAAUGAUUUUAUUGAGACAAGUGACUUUUUGAGGCUUUUAAGAUAUGUAAAAUUGGUUAGUGCGUUGUCUCCCGCGAAUUUCGUCAAGCGUUUAAAGAAAUUUGACGUGGAAUCGGUUAACGGUGUGGAUACAGGAGCAUGUUCAGCAGCUUUGGAUGUGUUCGAAAAAGCUUUGGUGAAGGGGGAUGUUUGGGCGCUGCAAAUGUUGGACGCCAGCUCCAAGAUACCUGUAGGUGUCUUCGGAGGUAACUUGGUCGACCUCGGAGCCUACGAUGAGUGUGUGGACAUCUCAGUCACUGGACACGUAGAUGCUGACUUCACAGGCCAACACUGCCUGGCCGUCCUCCACCUCAACUUUACCAAACCUCCUGAUUUUGCUCCUCCCGGAGUCCUGGCUGUUCUGGGCAACGCACUCGCCUACACCUUCGCUCUCUGUUUGCCGUCAUCCUGUAGCCCAGAGACUAUAGGCCUUGCACUAGAAGAUGUAGCCAACGACGUCAACCCAGCCCUGACCUCCGCUAACUUGACCAUUCAGUUCUCAGUAGAUCAGACGGACUGUCAUGUCAAGCUACGGCCGCCGCUGGACACCGCUGAGGUGGUUGGCAUAGUGGUUACAUUGUGCAGUCUUAUUGUGGUGGCUAUUUCGACUACAAUCGACUUGACAUUGGGUUACAACAAUGAGCAAGCAGAUGGUCGAGGAUUAAGCACUGGUCUCCAGUUGCUGACGUCAUUUUCUCUCUACACCAAUGGACGUCGACUCAUGGACACUCGGGUUGCUGAAGGUUCUCUCUCUGUGCUGCACGCUCUCAAGUUCCUCAGCAUCGCCUGGGUGACCCUUGGACACCGCAUCAGGUUCUCGGUCCAGGCCCCUCUGACCAAUCUGCUCAAUGUUGCUGAUUACGUCGAAGAUUGGUCGAGCAUGAUCGUGUUGAACGCCACCUUAUCAGUAGACGUGUUCUUCCUUAUCAGUGGCAUCCUGAACACGUACGUGUACAUGAACCUGGCACGGCGACGUGGCAAAACCCUCAUGUCACAUCUUGUAGGCUACGUGCACCGCUAUCUCAGGCUUACGCCAGCAUAUGGUCUGAUGAUUGUGGUGACAGCUACAUGGUUGUAUCGUACAGGGGAUGGUCCUCUGUGGGACAGACUUGUUGGGGGCGCCAAGAAUGACUGUACCCAAAACUGGUGGACGGGACUUCUGUACAUCAAUAACUAUGUCAACCCUAACAGUAAUUGUAUGAUGCAGUCGUGGUACCUAGCCGCUGAUAUGCAGCUGUUCUGGCUGUCUCCCCUGGUGUUGUACCCUCUGUGGCGUUGGCCCAGGCUGGGUCUUACGAAUCUCUUUCUUCUAGCCAUCGUAUCAAUCAUUGUUCCUUUCGUGGUGGCGUUUGUUGACCAAAUUAAAACUCCAAUCCCAAUAUCUUUUGACACAGAAAAGGUGAAUCGAGAAAUGGCAGAGCUGUACUUUCCCACUCAUACAAAGACAGUUUCAUAUUUCAUCGGAAUUCUGACUGGGUACAUUUUACACCUUCAUAGAGCAAAUAAAAUAAGAAUGGAAAUUCAUUGGGUCAAGAAACUGGGAUUAUGGUACCUAGCAGUCGCAUUUCUAGGCUACGGACUGUUUGGAGGCUACUACAUAUUCCAGCUGGACAGUGAUUAUGACCAAUGGCAAUCGUCCUUCUACAUUGGAGUCUACAGGUUCUUUUGGUCUGUUGGUCUCGCAUGGGUCAUCCUAGCUUGCACCACUGGACACGGUGGUUUCCUGAACAGCUGGUUAUCAUUGAAGAUAUUUGCGCCUCUCGGACGUCUAACCUACGCUAUAUACUUGACACAUGUAGCUGUAAUACUGUACGGUGUUGGAAGCCUGCGUCAGCCACAGCACUUUACCUACUUCGAAAUGAUCCACAAGUUUUUGGGUGACUUUGUCAUUGCGAUAUUCCUAGCAAUAAUACUUUCCCUGACUAUCGAGGCUCCAAUUAUGGUUCUGGAGAAAAUACUACUCAAAGACAGACGAGACGCUCCCCGUAGAGUUGGCACUAUCGCAGAUUCAACAGCAACUUUGACGAACAACGAUCUGCACCAUCAAGCAUAAUGAUUUCAUUGAUAAAAUAGAUAUGAAAUCUGUCUAAUACUCAUUUUAGUGUCUGUAAAUAAAUAGUUUUUUUU